CUUCGAAGUCAGAAGAAACCCUGAGUGCCUGCUGUGCGGGUUGGGAAAUUACCUCCACCCUCCUCGACCUUCUAUCAUCGCUGCAUUCGAAUAAGGACCGUUGGGAAUCUGUAUAGAUUCUUUCGUUCUUUCUUUCUUUCUCAAACCAAAUUCCACUUCAAGGAGUCUUAUAACUUACCAGCAACAUUUACUCCUCUAACCCCUCUUUUUGUCCCCCUUUUCUCUCCAUCUUGACUAUAUCCACAAAGUCUGAAAACCAGCUUUUCGCAUUUUACAAUGUCUCGCCAGACUACCCUCCAUCCUCGAAACUACCGACGACCAGGUCAAGAGGAGGAAGAUGCAAUCGUCAUCGAUGAUGAGAAUGAUGAUCUGAUGCAGAUUGAUGCGUCGGAGACGACAACGGCAGCAGGUCGGUUUCAGUAUCAGCAACAGCAAAGACAACAGCAACAGCAGCAGCAGCAGCAAAGGAUGGGAUAUGGUCAUAGACCCCACGACCCCAACUCAGCAACAACAUCCGACCGCGCCCGAGACACAGGUAGAGGAUACCUCACUGCAAGCGCGUACGAGAAAAAAGCCCGUAGUAUCCAUCGUGAGGGGAGACAUUCUGCUCUUUCAGUCUUGUCGGAUCGAGAGUUACUUAUGAUUCAGGCGUUGGCUGCUCAUGAGACAAUCCCCCAAACCCGCCGUCGUUUCCUCGCUCAACUCAUGGCUCCCGACGACCCGCGCGCCGCCACCGCGAUCCGAAUGGACCGCUUCACAGCCGCGGGAACAUCGCAUCUCGUUCCAGGGACGGUUAUUGAUGUCUACGAAGACGACGAUGCGGGCUGGCGCAGGCCUGAUGCAAGUCAUACCCCGUCGAAGAGCAAGGGGAAGACUCCCGAACGGGAUCGGGAGCGAGAGCGGGAUCGCGCGAGGAGGAGUUCGGGGAGACAGCGUCGAGAGCGCGAGCGGGAUAGGAGACGAAGGUGGAGUGGUUCGGAGAGAGAGUUUGAUAGUCAGGCUAUUUGAUGCGUUAUUGGUAUGGGUCUUGUUAUUAUUAUUAUUAUUAUCAAUGGGUUAGGCUUUUAGUAUGGUGAUUAGAAUAUAUUGAAAUAAAUUAUCAUGUCAAGUUUUUGAUGUUUUUUGCUUUUUCUUCCGUCCU